CACUCACACUAAGAAGCCUCAUAUCGACGGCUGAAAUAAUAGAGUUCGUCAAAGAGAGCAUCCGGAGAAGUUUCUGGAAACAAUAGAAAGUAUUUAUUGCAAAAUCGAACAAAUCAGAAGAGAAACAAACAGAAACGGCGAUUCAGAGCAAACCCUAGUUACAGUUAUCAAGGGGUUAUAGCAGGAGCCAAAUGAGGGGUCGAAGCUACAGUUACAGUCCUUCACCAAGGGGUUAUAGCAGGAGGCGCAGCCCUAGCCCAAGGGGUCAUUAUGGAGGUCGUGGUAGGGACAUGCCUACCAGUCUUCUGGUUCGGAACUUACGUCAUGACUGUAGGCCAGAAGAUCUACGUGGACCUUUUGGGCAGUUUGGUCGUCUGAAGGACGUUUACUUGCCUCGUGACUAUUACACUGGGGAACCUCGGGGUUUUGGUUUUGUCCAGUAUCUAGAUCCUGCUGAUGCUGCUGAUGCCAAAUAUCAGAUGGAUGGUUAUGUAUUUCUUGGCAGAGAACUGACUGUUGUAUUCGCGGAGGAAAACAGGAAAAAGCCUUCAGAAAUGAGGGCAAGAGAACGUAUAAGGGAUCAAUCUUAUGAUCAAAGGCGAUCUCCACUUGAAUACUCCCGCUCACCACGUUAUGAACAGAGUUAUUCACGUAGGCUAGAUUAUUAUUCUCAAUCUCCUAGGCGAAGGAGAUAUCCAAGGUCAAUUUCACCUAGAGAUAGAAAAUAUAGAGAGCGAUCUUACUCAAGGUCUCCUUAUGGCUCGAGGAGCAGGAGUCAGAGUAUUGAAUACUCAAGAUGAGCUUAGUAGGUUGGAUGACUAAUUUAGCUUUGCUUUAAUGAUAAUGAUAAUAAGUUGAACCAAAAAGUCAGUGACUCAAGCAGUGAUAAUAAUGUUAAUGCUUAGUUUAUCUAAUGCUCUGUCACAAUUUCCCUAGUGAUGUAUCAUGAUGUAACAUUAACCCAUAAGAACCAUUGCUUUAAAAUAGCUUGAUAUUCUACAAGGUAUGUAAUAUUUUUAUCUAGAAAACCGAAGUACCUGAUCAUUUUGCCUA